CACAUUGCUUCAAAGCCUUCUUUGGGGGUAGGAAGGAGGAGGAAAUGAAAGUGGGAGGGUGUUGGACUACUAGAUUCGAACUCGCGGUUUCCUACAGAUUCUUUUUGUCCAACAAAAAAGGUCCCACUGACCUUAGCUCAUGUUCUUGCUUUUAACUUUUUCCUCCUGCCCCAUAAUUGACCCAUUAGAUAUUCGUCCCACCCCCAAACCCGCAGGACUUUUGUACUUAUAUUUAAAUUAUAUAUCAUCAGUUAUUUAUUCAUAUUAACGUCUGUCUCCUCUAGACUGUAAGUUCGUUAUGGGCAGGGAGCGUAUCUGCUAAUUUUGUUGACUUGCACUCUUCCAAGCACUCAGUACAGUGCUCUGCACAUAAUUAGCGAUCAAUAAAUACCACUGAUGAAUGGAUAAUCUCCCAGUGUCUCAAUCUGUCUCUCCAGGACGGUCACCUCCAAGAAGAGCGAUGUCAAAAAGAGUCUGCCCUCAAGGCUCUGCCCAAGCCUUUGAAGCCUGCCCCCGGCCCACAGGGUGCCCAGCUGACACCAGAGAAGAACGGGAACCCCUCCAUGUCCUGGAGCCAGGAGACUCUUCCUGGAAGGUCCUGCAGCGGAAGAUCGGAGAUCUCUCCUGCUCAGAACAGAGAGACCCUUUCUUGGUAGCCGACCUGGGAGAGCUGGUCCGGAAACACCAGGCCUUCUUGCAGGCUCUGCCCGGGGUGAUGCCAUUUUACUCUGUGAAAUGCAACAACAGCCCCUGGGUGCUUCAGAUUCUCAAGAGCCUGGGCACCGGAUUUGACUGUGCCAGCCAGGCGGAGCUGGAACAGGUGCUGGGACUGGGAGUCCCAGCGACCCGGAUCAUCUACGCCAACCCCUGCAAACAGACGUCCCAUAUCCAGUACGCGGCCAGUCAGGGGGUGCAACUGAUGACCUUCGACAGCGAGGGGGAGCUCACCAAGGUGGCCAAGUUCCACCCCGGCGCCAGGAUGGUUCUCAGGAUCAGGACAGAAGACAGUAAGAGCCUACAUCCUCUGAGCACCAAGUUCGGAGCUUCGCUGGAGCAGAGCAGACGCUUACUGGCCGUAGCAAGGAACUUAAACAUUGCCGUGAUAGGAGUCUGCUUCCACGUGGGCUCUGCAUGUCAGAGGGUCCAGAACUAUGAGGAGGCCAUCGCGGACGCCCACCGGGUGUUUGAGAUGGGAAGACAAGAGGGACACGAGAUGCAUUUUCUGGACAUCGGUGGUGGCUUCCCUGGCACUGAGAGCUUUGUGCCCACGUUUGAGGAGAUGGCAGAGGGCAUCAGGACAGCGCUGGCCCACUAUUUUCCAGAGGGCUGUGGCACGGAGAUCAUUGCAGAGCCCGGAAGGUACUAUGCCACUUCGGUUUACGUGUCCGCCUUAAACAUCAUUGCCAAGAAGGCCACGGUGGAGAAAGGUGGGUGCAGGAAGAUGAUGUAUUACCUCAACGAUGGUUGCUACGGUUUGUUCCAAAUGUCCAGCAUGGAAGACCCAAAGUUGAAGCCCGUCGUGAUGAAGACGUUCAGCUCCGAGCCCCCACUUUACCCCUGCAUCCUGUGGGGACCCACCUGCGAUGCGAUGGACAAGAUUUCCCAGGAGGACAUCUUGCUGCCGGAGCUGGAGGUGGGGGAUUGGCUGGUCUUUAAGAACAUGGGAUCGUACUCGCUGACCAUGUUCUCCAGCUUCAAUGGUUUCCCAAUGCCAUCUGUCCACUACACUCUCAGCCAGCACCUAAGCCACUGGCUUUCCUAAAGGGAGCCCCCAUCCCUAGUAGACACCCCCGAUGCCCACUCCACAUCUCUCCUCAUCCACAAGGACCCCCGGAUCCUCUUCGGCCGCCCGCCCUGCCCGUCCCUAAUCCAACGCCGCCCCCGGCUGGACCCUCGAAGAACCUCGCAGCGUCCGUCCGGGCCUCCCGUGGAAAGUGGCCAAACUUAGACAAAAAAGUGGACAAAAAAAUUCGCCCUUUGGAGAGGCAGGAUUCAAUGUACUUACUAAGCGCUUAGUGAGUGCAGAGCACUGUGCUAAGCGCUUGGG